AACUAAACCUGAGUAUUUAUCAAUUUAUUAAUUAUUUUUUUGGUAAUUCAGAAUGGUUUGGUGAUCUAACUCUGCAACUUCAUUAAUAUAUUCAGGGAAGGUUAGCUAGCAAUGUUUGAUCCUUAGCCAGCUUAGCUUAUCUUAACUACUGCUACAGCUAUAGCUACAGCAGGCUAGCUAACUAUUUCAAGACGAUCUAUAUAUGUGUUAGUAAGAAAUGGCUAUAUGUGUAAUGUUUAAUGAAAAUUAUAAUAUUAUUGUUAUUACUAUUAUCAUUAACCAACCUGUGUAAUUUCAAUCACACUGCAUAAAAAUUACCUCAGAAAUAGGAGCUUAGCGGCAAAGCUAAUUUUGUAGCCUGACAACAGCUCACUGUGUGUGCGCGUGUGCGCUUGUGUAGUUCUACACUACAAUACAUCAUUAGCAAUACGUCAACGUUUUUCCAGGCAGCAAGGCGUGAGUGUUACUGUCACGUUGCAAAGAGACUUGAACAUAUGAGCGUACAGCUCAGAGCUGCCUUGUUCCUGCCGUUGCUCCUGGCGCUCGCGCUCUUUGUAGGCGGGGCCAUGGGCUGCCUCCAGAGUGUGGCGUGUAAGCCGCGCGUGCGGCGUGAGAACAUCGUGGUGUAUGAGGUGUCGGCAUCUAUCGACCGGAGCCCCACGGUGGUGGAGGAGAACUCACCCAUCGUGCUGCGCUACCGGACACCUUACUUCCGCGCCUCCGCCGGGGUCGUCAUGCCGCCUGUGCCCAGGAACGAGACGUGGACGGUGGGCUGGAUUCAGGCGUGUACGCAGAUGGAGUUCUACAACACAUAUGGAGACGCGGGCGCGUCAAGCUGGGAGCUGCCGGAGCUGCGCGAGGGCCGCGUGAAGGCCAUCAGCGACUCAGACGGCGUCAGCUACCCAUGGUACGGCAACACUACUGAAACAGUGACCAUCACAGGUCCGACGUCCAAGCCGUCACGUCUCACCGUGAGCAUGAAUGACAACUUCUACCCGAGCGUGACGUGGGCGGUGCCCGUGGGCGAGAGCGGCGCACCGGCACUCACUCGCGUCACUCGCGACCAGAGCUUCAUCACGUGGUUGGUGGCAUUGAACAAUGUGACACGUGAGAAGAUCCUGCUGCAGACGGUGCGGUGGCGCAUGCGGGUCGACAUCGCCGUCGAUCCCAUGAUGCCGCUGGGCUCCCGUGCCACUCUGGUCAGCCAGACGCACCAGGAACAGCCAUUCAUCCUUACCAACAACGAACCUAUUCCGCCAAACGCACUGGCGCGACCCAACGCCAACGACGCACAGGUGUUAAUGUGGAGGCCGAGGAGGGGGUCGCCGCUAGUCGUCAUUCCCUCCAAAUAGACCAGCUAGUCAAAACUGGAUCAUGGUGCAACGUGGCAAAAAAUGCCUCCAUUAGCGUCUGUCUGCCCUCUGUGCAGUAGUACGGCGUCAUGGGAAAUCGUAGGAGGGUUAGUCAAAACUCGUCUGUGCAUGAGCAAUGGAUCAUGGUAAAUGAAGGCAUGGGUUCCUCGGUCAUGGACUGCUGAUGUGAUAAGGUGAAAAAUCAGUUUAACAGUUAUGUUGGAACGCCAGAUGAAGCUCCUCAGUACAGGAGGUUUAGUAUUCAGAUCUUGAGCGGUGAUCGAUUGAUACGGACUGUGUCAUGCACGAGCGAGUCACGUGAUGUUAAACAGAUCAAGUGGCACUGAAUGACACCGCACCCGAGGAGUAUUAUUAGUAUAAGAAGCUUCAGAUCUUUCGCACCGCUUUAGAGGACGCUAGCAUAGAGAGACGCUUAGCUAGCAAACACCACACAAGAAGUGAUUGAGAGGUGUAGCAUGAUUAGCGAUGUCUCACACACACACACACACGCACACAAAAAGCUGGUAGGAGUGUUUUUCUAUCCUCCUGCAUGAUCUGGAACUAGUUUCCCCUCACUCCUCCUCACUCAGGUGCUGCACUG